GCUGCCCCGCUCCGCUCCCGAUCCCGAUCCCGCUCCCGCCGCCCGCGCUCGGCUCCCGCCGCGCCCCCGGAGCGGAGCGGGGCGGGAGAGGGGCGCGGCCAUCGCGGUCCCUCCCGCAGCCCUGCGCGGCGGCCGAGGCCGGGGCCGGAGCCGGAGCCGGGUUGGCCGCGUACCCUGGCGGGAUGUCGGGGUCGCGCUGCCAGACGCUGUACCCGUUCUCCGGGGAGCGGCACCGGCAGGGCCUGCGCUUCGCGGCGGGGGAGCUGAUCACGGUGCUGCAGGUGCCGGACGGCGGCUGGUGGGAAGGGCAGAAGGAGGACGGGCUGCGGGGCUGGUUCCCGGCCAGCUACGUGCAGCUCCUGGAGCAGAAGCCCAGAAAAGCAGCUCCUCAGGCAGAAGAUACCUUGAAUGGCCAUCUUCCCCCCGGCUGGCAGAGCUAUAUGUCACCCCAGGGACGAAGGUACUAUGUGAACACCUUCACGAAUGAAACGACCUGGGAGCGGCCCAGCAGCGUGCCUGGGACUCCAAAGAGCCCUGUGUCACAGAAGAGUUCUGCAGUGAAUGGCUACUACAUCUCUGGGACCCCAGUACACCAGCUUGACUCUGGUCAUAUGAGCCUCCGAAAAGCCAGUGGGGAUCCACAGACCCCCGGGUCCCCGGCGGCGCCGCGGCGGCAGAGCAAGGAGAGCAGCCUGACGAUAAACUGUGUGACUUUCCCCCACCCUGACAUAAUGCCAGAGCAGCAGUUGCUGAAACCUUCAGAGUGGAGCUACUGUGAUUAUUUCUGGGCCGAUAAGAAGGAUUCGCAAGGGAACAAUACAGUGUCGGGAUUUGAGAUUCUUCUUCAAAAGCAGCUUAAAGGGAAACAAAUGCAGAAAGAAAUGGCAGAGUUUGUUCGAGAAAGGAUAAAGAUUGAGGAGGAAUAUGCGAAGAACCUGUCCAAGCUGUCUCAGAAUUCCUUGGCUGCUCAGGAGGAAGGCACACUAGGAGAGGCUUGGGCUCAGCUAAAGAAGAGUCUAGCUGAUGAAGCAGAGGUUCACCUCAAAUUCUCUUCCAAGCUUCAGAGUGAGGUAGAGAAGCCACUGCUCAACUUCAGAGAGAAUUUUAAGAAAGACAUGAAGAAGUGUGACCACCACAUUGCAGACUUACGGAAGCAGCUGGCCAGCCGCUAUGCAGCAGUUGAAAAGGCCCGGAAAGCCUUGACAGAGAGACAGAAGGAUCUGGAAAUGAAAACACAGCAGCUAGAGGUGAAGCUCAGCAACAAAACAGAAGAAGAAAUUAAGAAGGCGAGGCGGAAGUCCACUCAAGCGGGGGAUGACUUGAUGCGCUGCGUGGAUCUUUACAAUCAAGCUCAGUCCAAGUGGUUUGAGGAAAUGGUGACUACCACUCUGGAGCUUGAGAGACUAGAAGUUGAAAGGGUGGAGAUGAUUCGGCAGCAUCUUUGCCAGUAUACACAGCUGCGGCAUGAGACAGACAUGUUCAACCAAAGUACAGUAGAGCUCGUGGAUCAGUUGCUUCGGAAAGUGGAUCCUGCCAAAGACAGGGAACUGUGGGUAAAAGAACACAAAACUGGAGAUAUCCGACCUGUGGACAUGGAAAUAUAGACUGAUCUUUAGUUGUAUGUCAUGAGUCCACUGAAUUAACCCAGCUAAUGUUUGCUUUUUAAGGGUCAGAAGAGCAUAAGGAAAAGGUUGUUCCACUACCAGACUCCUUGUAAUUUAUGCCUGUACAGGCCAUCUCUGUUACAUUUAGUCAUUAAAAUGGUCCUCAUUGUGCUAAGCCUUAAGCACCAGACAUUCCAGGAUGAAGAAACCAGAUGUGUGCUUCCCACCAGAGGUUCCCAAUUGCACGCAGCUUCCAGAAGAAAUCUGCUUUCUGGUACAAGGAGAGCUCUGUUCUUCAGUGACUUUGUGCUACAUCCCUUGCAUGACUAUCUUUAUACAGUAUGUUAGAACAACCAUGCAGAGAGCCUCUGGCCAGCAAGUGAAUAACUGAACAUGAUGCAGGAGGCAAGGAGGUCCUGAUCAUGAAUCCCAGGUCUGUCACUGACUGCUUUCAUGGCUAUAGGCAAGUCAGUUAACUUUUCCGGUUCCCCCAUCUAUAAAACACGUAUCUUGCAGCAGUGUUGUGCAAACACACUUAUUUCAUAUAACACAGUUUCCCACCAAGGCCCUUCUCCCAAUAUCUAUGGAGAAGAGUCCUGUUCUUCCUGUUUUACACUCCCUCUCAGGGAUACAUAAACCCAUUGUCAUCAUGAUUUCUGUUCCAGGCCAAUCAGUAAGGUUGAAAGUGUUAACUAGCACUGUUAUUUAUAAGGAAAGACUUGGUCGUGCUAUACCUACCUCAUUAGCUGUCUGAGUGCCCUCAAUGACAGAAAGAGGUUAUAUACCAAGGAAUAAAUGAGAUACUCAAAACCUUUCCUGCUUAUGCAAGAUGUUUUCUCACAAAAAUCUCCUUCAAGACAGCCCUCUUACAUUUGAUUUAGGAUCCAGGUUUAAAUUGCCCUUUGUUGGUUCCUUCAGGUGAAUAUUGCAGCCUUUAGGUAUCUUUAAUUGCCAAGUUUUUCCAGCUAAAUUGUGGGGUUUAUCUUUUUAGAGCCUGAUUUUCAAAGAUGCCAUGAAUCUGUGAUGCUAGAUUGCAUUAAAUAUAAGAGAUGUAGGUGCCCAGCACUUCUGCACCAGCUGAUUCUUAACCUUAGGCUUUUCCUUUGUUACCUUUACCACAAACUACCAAAAAUGUAACACUGCCCCUGGCACAUAAUAUUGUAUAGUUUGGAGACUGGUUUUGAAAAGGUUUUUGAAAAUUCAUUUUCUUUUCUUGCUGUCAUUUCUGAUUGACUGUUCAGUGUUGCUGGUAAUACAGUUUUCAGCAUUUCAUACAAUGCCAAGAUUCUUGCUUUAGAUCCGAAACCUUGAUUCUCACCACUGUGGCCUUUACUGUGUUGCUAUCUACAAUUUCCCAAGCAGUACUAUGCCAUUUGAUCCACUUCACCUCAUUGUUUCCAUCAUUUCUCCCCAGCACCAAAAUUGCAUCCUUUUGUUCUACUGCUGUUUUAGGUUUUUAUUUACCAGCCUCUGAGUGCUGUGAUUGGAUCACUGAGAAUUAAUAUUCCCCUUUACAAAUUCUGAGACACAGAGAAGUCUUACCUGAAGCACGUAUUUAAUAAUGCUGCAGUGAUUAUUUUCCUGGUUUGUUAUUUCAGUCUGAAUUCUAUGGCAUUUUCCUCCUGUUCCCUUUUCCUCAACCAUCUCUUUACUAAUAUAGAUUCAUUCUUGUCUUGAAAAAUGCUUCUACAACCCACAUCUCUGCUGAAUCAUUACCCUUUAUAAACCUUUGCACGUUGGCAAGUGCGCUGCCAUGACCACUGCAUGCUCAGGAUCACUGUUCCUCGUGUGACACCUCCAGACACACUUCUGAAUUUGUGACUAUUGUUUUAUUCUCAGUGUUGGAAGCAUCCAGCACAGUUAUGUGAGACUCUUCUAAGUACCUGCCAAGACCAUUGCAGUACAAAUGAAACAUGGUUUGUGUCACACAGUCCCUGAACUCAGUAGAGUACAUACUCUUCCCCAGAUUCCUCUUCUGCUACUCAAGCAGGGAUGUUUUGUGGUGAUGUCUUUUACGGUCUUCCUACUGAUUGACUCUCUUACUCAUUUUGUCAUACCAAUGAUACUUUUCCUAUCUCUACCAUGCACUUUGGAGGACAGGCACUUUUCUUUUUAUUAAACCACAGGGGCAGGGUGAGCUUUCAAAACUUCAAUGGCCAAAAAUAACUGGAGUACUUUAGAGCUGCAUCUCAGGUGGACCCCUGUGUUCUAAGCUCUAUUGUAAAUCAGAAUAAGCAAUCUUGAUGCCACCUCACCACAAUCGUGUUUUGAUUGCAAAACCAAGCUAAUUGUGCACUUUAUACAGGAUUCUCCUUAAAAAUACCUGAAAUAAUCUGUUACCAAUUACACUUUUACUCUUUAAAGAUGUUUUUUAUUUUAUCUGUUUUGGACUGGAAAUACUGUCCAUUAGCAUAGGUUUCUGUGAGGACCAAAGAGUAUUUUGGUUCCUCUACUAAGUUGUAUUUAAGCUGCUGUUAUUUCUCAGUUGUCUUUUCUGGUAGCUGCUUUUUUUCCCUUUAGUUUUAUUUCCAGACAGUUCUCCUACUUCUUGGUUUUGGUCCAUUUGAAAUGUUGCAGGCAUGCGUGAGCUGCACAGAAUGAUCAUUCUUUUGAUGGAGAUUGUCUCCCUUUUUCACUUUGAUAACCUGAGGAGAGCCCUUGUACCUGGCUGUUAAUCUUUACUGGGCCCAGCAAACUCUCAGGCAGUGCUGCUCUGCAGUGGAUGAGAUGCUUUCUCUAAAACAAGAUACUCAUCUGUAAUAGGUGGAAGUUUUGCUGUUGCUCAUAGACAGUUUGCAGCUUAUUUCCUGCAAAAGUUGAUAUUCCUUUGUGAUAUGACACUGCAGACUGUAGGAUCAGUGUUACCUGGCGCAUUCAUUUCGCUGGCUGAUGGAUCAUGGACAGUGGCAUGCCUUACAAGUCAGGGAAUGCUGGAGCCCCUGUGCUUCUGAAUGGACAACAUCCUCAAAGAAGGUAGUGGCAUGUUUGAGAAUAUGGACACCUGCCUUCGUGUUCAUUCCUUACAGGGUAACUUUGGGAGUCACAGCUUUGCUCAAUUAAUCUUCCACUGAGUUGCAAAAAUGCAGCUGAACUUGUAAUUGGUCAUCAUAAACAGCUUCUUGUCCAGAGCCAUAUUCAGCUUUGUGUUAUGGUAACAAAGCUAGCAUGUGGAAAGCAUGAUGUUGCAAUGUAACUGAUAAAUAGGAAUAGCAAAGUAAGCCUCUUACCUUCGUAAGUACUGAGCUUAAGCAUCACCCCAUUUCGCCUGGCAGGUAGGCUCACACACUUGAUCCAAGUUUUUACUAUUUUAGUUACUACAUGAAAAAUUCUGUUGAGUGACAAGGCUGGUUUACAUCUUCACAUGGCCUGUGGUCACAGAGCAGAAGGUGAGCUUUUGAUUAGUGUUGUGCACUUUCACCCUAAGAGGUGCGUACAGUCAGUGGGAAUUGCUUGUGGUUUGUUCUUACCUGGGAGCUCUACUUGCCUGGGUUUUUGUUGAAGCCACCUACGUACUGCAGCGCUUGCUCUUUGCCUAACCAAUGCUGUCACAUACUUGUGCUGUCAAGCCUCUGGCUCCCUGGCAAUCUUUAUUUCAGCCAGAGCCUUUUGGCCCUUGUGUGAACAAAAAGGCUGUACGAAUUCCUAUGGCUUUGAACCCACAGGGUGUGCUGGCUCUGGUGCCAGAGCUGGUGAGGUGUUUACCAGCUGUAUCUUCAGCUGCCGUGCAGAAUGUGAAUUUUAUUCAUCAUCCACACCAGCCCACCUAUGUCUUCAAAGACAUCUCCUGGCACAGCUUACUCAACAGAGUCCUUGCUGGAAGUUUUUCUCUAAGAUAUUCUUUCAGCUUAUUUUCUAACAGAACUCACUCUGGAUCCAGUGCUAUUGGCUGAUUCCUGUUGGAGUUGCUGAGCUGAAAGCAAGGAGUCCUUUACCAUGUGAGCCAAUUGCACUUUCCUCCCAUCACUGUCAAGAUUCCAGUUGCUUUUAUAGAGCAACAUCCAAAAAGGCUUUCCAGCAGAUUUUCAGUCUUCUCCAGAUUCACUCACAUCUGUAAAUUACUUCUGUGUGCUGAACAUAGUUUGAAAGACUUCAGUUGUUCCCUUGUGGGAAUGUUAUUUUGUUACCUGACACUGGGACCUUUAAAGAUAACUAUAUUUUUUCUUUUUAAUUAUCGUAACAGCAGUGCAAGUCAUAAGGAAAUCUCUGUUACGUUUCUAGAAUACUUUUCCCCUUCUUGCAGCCCUGCCUGAGCUGCUGUGGGGUAGCUCUGCUCCCCCUCAUGUUGCACAGUUACAACAAACAUUGAAAUCAUGCUUCUUUUUGUGCAUAACAGGCAGCAUGCAAAGUUGUGCUCUGGUUCUCUUUAGCCUUCAUGCAUCUGUGCAGUUUGAUGUUGAAGAAUUAGAUGCUUUUUGCUUAACUGAUAGCCUCAUGCUAUAAUGUCAGUCUGUGUAGUUGCCUUGUGACAGUGAACUGCACUCGGAUCACUCCUUUUUUCUUGAGAGGAGUUUUCUGUAAAGUAUUCACAGGGAACUUUUACAUGCUCAGUAGCACUCAGAAUUUCUCAGAACCUCUUUACAUUUUUCCCUGGUUUAAUGUCAUUGUUGAAAUAUUUGCUGCAAGUUAGACUCUUCACGUAAAAAUGUGCAGUCUUCUUUCCACCUGCUCUUUGGAAGUGCUUGGCACUCCAAGAUUUCUUGGAACACAACAGGGAUGUAGGUGAUAAAAGACUUUGAAAAUCAGGCUAACAAACAGAAAUGCACAAGGCUUUUUGGGGGUUUGUUGGGGUUUUUUUUCUUAGUCAUUGAAUACAUAUAUAAGGUAAACAUCAUUAAGAAAUGGGAGCCUCAGAUACUUAAUGUAUAAGACCUACCUGCUGUACAUGCAGUUCCCAGGCAUUCCACGAGUGGCCCUGUGUCAGGCUGUAGUAGGAGCACAGCUCUAGAGCGUGGUGCUAAGGCUUACCUUCUGAUGCAGCUGUAAAAACCCAAAUCAGAAAUUCAGUUAAGAAGUAGCUUUGCUCAUCUAUUUCUUCAGUCACACACAGGGAGAAAAAGAACACUGCUCACCCAGGUGGGUCCUUCACUAUCAAGCACCUUAAGGAAUCCAGACCAGCACCUUGAAGGUCCCCCUGGAAUGAGUAAUGUGACUUGUUGGUGUGAUCAGUUAACUGUUUUCUCCUGAAUUGCAAACAUGCUUGCUAUUUCAUAGUAGCUAGUGUGCUUUUUUUGUGCUAGUGCAGCCUGCUGGGUCUGUUGCCAGAGAUGGUGCAGUCUGGUGUUCUGGAGGCAGUCCUGGUCACCCUUAACCUUUUGCGCUUUAUGAGAACUAGGGCUUCAAAAAACAGUGUCAAAAAGACAGCUUUAAAAUGACCUUUCUUGAUCACUUUCUGGAAAAUCUAGGCUUUUUGCUACUCAGCAUGUGUUGAAAUAGGAGAAUGAGAUCCCAGAGGUUGCUGAAGGAUUGCUGUGGAUUGUUCUUGCUUUGUAGGCAUCCCCCUGUACUCAUACGGUGGUAGGGAAUGGCUGCUGAGCAUCCUUCUUUGCACAGCACAGCUGUCUGACAUUCUGCCAGAGGAGCCUGCUGGUCACAUUUAACUUAACCAGGUGGGAAUAGAGGGAGGCAGAUUCAAAUUAAAACCAGACACGUAGGGCAGGAAAAUCUUCAGCUGACCCGGUGGCAUUUGAGCUUCUGGACACGAGGCACUUGUCUCCCUCAGGCUCUGGUGAGUCUGUUAACAGGCUCCUCACACUCUGAACUCUGCUUAGCACAUUAAAAGCAGUGAUGAAACAUUUCCUAGUAUCUGUUGCUUGAUACAGGGCUCUUUAAGUAGCACCUAGUUGUGCCAGUGGGAGACAUGUGGCAAUCCCACCCUGGUGCUACAGUAUGGUUUCUGGCAUCACAGUGCUAUGAUGUCCUGUGCCCUUGCACUGAACUGACUGUAAGUCUGGCACAGACAUGUCAAGCCUGUUGUGCAGGUAUCCUCCAGGAGCUUGGAGCACACCAUCUUUCUUGGUGAUAAAGUCUUUCCUAACAGCCAAUCCUUGUCUUUUCCUGAGAAGAACUAUUGUAUAAAUAACAUUCACAACUUUUUGUGAUAUAGAUCUUACUCAUAUAAAUGUGCAUCUUUCAAUUCUUAUUUUGAACUCUUCAUUGGUACUGUAGCCAACCCUCUAACACUGAGAUACACCAGUUUUGAUAAUCUUUUCUUUAAUUUUGACUGACCAAACUUCAUACUUUUGGAUAUUUUCUGAGAGUGGUAAGUGCAUGCUUUUGGGAGGUGUUAUUUUGGCUUUUCUUUUGGAUUUUUCUUACCAGCCACUGGGUUUGGAAGUGCAAUGCCUCCUUUCUGUGCUAGUCACAGUUUAGUUUUAAUUCCUGGACAGUUUUUUUCUGAAGGGACCAACAGAUAGCACAAUUUGUCUUCAAUUUCUAAUCCCAUUUCCUCAAGGCAGAAACCUUUUGUGCCUAAUGAUGCAAUUGAUUAUAAGAAUUGUACAUGGAUAAAAAUUUUCCAUAGACCAGUAAAAACAAGUGUUACCACAUAAUAAUUACAGGUAAAAAAAAAAAAAAAAGGAAAAAAUAUUUACUUGACACAUUCAGAUUUAAUUCCCUCAACUUACAUUAAGUUGAACUACUUAGGGUGUAAGAGACCAACUCAGUGGAUAUUCAGAACAAAAGCUUUUAGCUUCUGUAUUCAGGUUCAGUGAGUAGAUAGACUGUAAUUCUCAAUAUAUGCAGUCUUUCAGGGUUACUGAUUUAACAAAGAGCUGAGUAACAGUUUGUAUCACAACCUGACUAAAAUUCUGCUAGUAAUUCCCCUUGAAGUGCCUCUUUAAAUUGUAUCUGCCACAAGCAUGUAGAAUACACAGAUUCACCCUAUAAAUUCCCAAAACUCAGGAGCAGCCAGUUUGCACAGAUCUGUGCUGGAUUCUCAAUGCUCCUUCCUUGCUCUGCACUCUGCACUCCUUUAGGACAUCCACAUAUCCAGUAGACCUGGCUUUGUCUCAGUGAUCAUUUACUGUCCAGCACAGUCAUUCUAAAUUCUCAAUGCUGAAAAUGGAGUUGGAAAUGUUAAGACUUAAAAGGAAUUGCAUUGAAGGAGUUGCUAACCUCAUCUUCUGACACAUCAUUCAGUAGAGUAAGCAGGGAAUUCUGCAUAAAAAUAGUUGAGUAAGUGCAUUUGGGGCCUAAAUAGGCCUUUCUUGUGUAAAAUCAAAACAACCUGACUUUUUUAAUGCAGUUGCUGAGAAGAAAUUUUCUGGUACUGGAAGUCUAAAGCUGAAAAGUGAUUUCAGGGAUCUCCCAUCUCCAUGACAUGACAAUCUUAGUAAUUUGAAUUUGGGAAUGCUUGGCCUGAAAUCCCUCGUUCUUUCGGAGUUGGGUUUUGGGGUUGUUUUUUUUUUUUGGUUUGGUUUUGUUUUUUUUUUUUGAUGUGAUGUCUGAAAUUUUCAGAAUAGCCUAAAAAAUCUGAGUGCCCAUUUACCAGACUUUUAUUCCAGCAGGUCAAAAAUACUCCAUAGAGACAGCAACCUCUGUCCAUUAUGAAAUAAAGCAGGUACUAGUAUUGGACAAAUAUUUUCUUCUCCUGAGAUUAUUUCCAUUCUUCCAGCAGCCCAAAAUAGUGUGAAAAAUCCACUGAGAAGUUUUGCAGACAUUCUAACUGCAGGGAUUCAAAGGCAGCCAGAUCACCAGUCAUACACUAAACCAGAGUUUUCUACUAAAAUGAAGUUGCUUAUUUGGUCCUUUUUGUGUAACUUUUGCUAAAUACUUCUAAAUUUCUAGGAAAGUUGUCUUUUGCCAGUACUAAUGACUUAUUUUAAAGAUCUUUAACCAAAAUUUUGUAACUUUAAAUAAAUUUUGGCUGAAUAGACCCCUUAAAUAGUUUAUGUAUCAUGCAGACUGGAUAACUAGUAAAUCUCAGAUCAUAGUGCGUAUUAUAGGAUGGCUUUUGGCCCAUAAGGGUACACAGAGGAAUCACUUUACUGAACUUAUGAAGUUGAAUGCGGAAAAGAUUUAAGGGGCAGAUCUUCAGCUCGGGUAAACUGGCAGAGUUUGGUGGAAGCUACUUUAUGUCAGCUGUGGAUCUUGUCCUUCAGUGUUGAAGGUAUUUCCUAUACAUAAUUUUUCUGUCUUUACUGUAAAACAAUUUCAUAUGGUUAAACUGUAUUUUCCUAUAUUGUUCUGCAAGUUUAUAUGCACCACAGUGCUCAUCUCAUCUCCUGUAAAAUAAACUGUACAGAGACGCA